AUGGUCGAACUCAUCAACCCCCCAGAGACCCGUCUGCUCCUCCCUCCUCUCCUCGCCUGUCUCCCACUCGCCUUCGUCUCGCCACGGGCGCCCCCAGCUCUGCUCCCACUCCUCUCUCCCAUCCUGCGCCAACGAGUCGGCGUCCUCAGCUCACUCUCCACAUCUGCUACGGAAUCAUGGUUACAACUCCUGUGCUGGGACGCUGGCAAAGCAGAGCGUCUACGGGCCAUUAUCGACGGCGCCACAUUUGAACCCCACCCCGUUUCAGGCGAGAUCGAGCUCCCGGAUGAGCUCCCCGUGACAUACAAGCGGGUGGAUGACGAGACCCUCAAGGCACAGGUGCCUCUGCACGAUUACAGUAUCACUGUAGUCUACCUGUGGUGCCCAACAGAUGAGGAAGGCGGUGGUCGAGGCUGGCGCGUCGCGGAGCUUCUUCCACGUGAAGGUCCCGCCGACGACGACAACACCUGGGCUAUUUCUAUUGGCGAGGCCAACGUCCAGGCCAAAGAUCAGUCCACGGCCGAUGUACCGGACGGCAAACCCCAAGACAACGGCUUGGAGGAAGAAGAGGACGAUGACGAUUACUGGGCCCAGUACGAUGCCACACCUGGAUCGAAGACCCCAGCACAGCCUGCUGGGUCCUCGAAGCUGGGUCCGUCGGGUCUUUCAGAGCAGUCGUAUUUCUCACAGUAUGGCGAUGUUCAGCCAGCGAUGGAUAACCAUGAUCCUGGCGAGGAGCAGCCAGAAGUUGGUCCAUCUUCGCUCAACGGGGAUAUGCUGGCCAACUUGCUGCGGCGACAGGUGAACGGCGAUUCAACAGAAGAGGCCCGUAGUAACGGAUAUCCUGCUGGCCAAGUCCCCAGUGACAACGCUGCGCAGGCUUUGAACCACCCUCGGCCUGGUUCCGUUUCUUCUUCCAGCUCAGUAGCCCGACUGGAAAAGGAAGCGGAAAGCCAAUCCACGUACGAGGUUGGGGUGAAGCAACAUAUUGGCACCAGUAUCAAGAGCUUAUUCCGCUUGGCCAAGGCCACUGGAAUGCCUCGCGCAGAGUUCCAGUCGCUGGUCUCGAGGGAGUUGGAGCUUUUGGACAUUACGGAUGACGAGUAA